CCUGCCAGGUGGCACCAAAGCCACACGCUGCCACAGCAAGGGGUCGGUGGGGGGGAUGCGUCUUGGCCUCCUCCCCUCGCCCCGCAGGUGCCCGGUGGCUCCGGGGCCAGUCACUCACUGCAUCGGGUCCAUCUGCACCGCUCGCCUCCUCGGCCGCCUCUCCUCCUCGCCCGCCCGCUAUCCGCAGCCGCCGCCCGCGCCCGGCCCCCGGCCCGCCGCCUCCCCGGCCAUGGAGCGGCUUUGAUACAAUAGCGCCGGGGGCAGCGGAGACAGGAGCCCAGCUUUGUGCCACUUGUCGGGCAAGGAUUAUAUUCCCACUCUCCCUGGCAUGGAGGACGCCGGCGUCCAGAGGGGAAUCUGGGACGGGGACGCCAAGACGGUGCAGCAGUGCUUGACUGACAUUUUCACCAGCGUUUACACCACCUGCGACAUCCCGGAGAAUGCCAUUUUCGGCCCCUGCGUCCUGAGCCACACGUCCCUGUACGACAGCAUUGCCUUCAUCGCCCUCAAGUCCACCGACAAACGCACUGUCCCCUACAUAUUCCGGGUGGACACAUCGGCGGCCAACGGCUCGUCGGAGGGGCUGAUGUGGCUGCGGCUGGUGCAGUCGGCACGGGAGCGGGAGGAGCAGAACCUGGAGGCCUACAUCAAGAGCGGGCAGCUCUUCUACCGCUCCCUGCGCCGCAUCGCCAAGGACGAGGAGCUGCUGGUGUGGUACGGAAAGGAGCUCACGGAGCUGCUGCUGCUGAGCCCAGCCCGGGCUCCCGCCCGCAGCAACGGCUCUCCGCCCUUUGCCUGUCCUGAGUGCAGCCAGCGCUUCCAGUUCGAGCUGCCCUUCGCUGCUCAUCUCCGGUUCCGCUGCCCCAAGAGGCUGCACGGCCCCGACACAGGCCCAGCCGCCGAGGCUCCCGGCGGCAAGGACGGCGCAAGCAAGGAGCAGGAGGCUGGCAAGUACUGCAAGCCCGGCGGCCCGCUCCACCACCCCUUCACCGGGGCCGACGGCGGCAGCGCUGCCGCCAGCACCAAACCCUCCACGGACUUCCACAACCUGGCGCGGGAGCUUGAAAACUCCCGCGGCAGCCACGGCGGGUCCCCAGGGCGGCCGCCAGCCCCCGAGGGCGGCCCCGAGGCGACGGCCGGCAAGGCAAAGCGGCGGUACCCCGAGGAGGAGGAGCGGGGCCCCGGGGCGGCGGCACGGGGCCGCUUCCCGGCGGAGCGGCCGGGGCUGCCCUCGGCGCCCAAGGAGGAGCCGGUGUGCGCCCCGCAGCAGCAAUACCGGGCGGCGGGCUCUUACUGCGGCCUGGAGGAGGGGGGCCGGCUCUUCGCACCACCCAGCCCGGAAACCGGCGAGGCCAAGCGCAGCGCCUUUGUGGAGGUGAAGAAGGCAGCCCGCGGCCCCGAGCCAGACGGGGGCGGACCCGAGGAGGGUCAGGAGCGUGCUUCUCCCGCAGCCCCGGGGACCGGCGGCGGGGACCCGGGGCUGUGUCCCCGAGGCGGGCCCGGGGGGCCGCUGGCCGCCCGCCUGGAGGGGGGCAGCCCAGCGCGGAGCAGCGCCUUCACCAGCGUACCGCAGCUGGGGGGGCCGGGCGGCGGGCCCGGCGGCGGGACGGAGGAGCGAAAAAGCGCCUUCUCCCAGCCCGCCCGCUCCUUCCCGCCCCACGUCCCACCACUAGUGCUGGGCCAGAAGCUGGGAGGGCUGGGCGAGCCCUGCCCCGACGGUGCCGCCGCCCCCGCCCGUCUCUACGCUGCCGAGGCGCUGGCCGUCAAGCUGCCGGGCGGCGGGGAGGCGGCCGGCGGCGGCGGUGGCGGAGGGGCGGCCGGCGGCGGUGGGGGGCUGCCCAAGCAGAGCCCUUUCCUCUACGCCACCGCCUUCUGGCCUAAGAGUUCGGCGGCCGCGGCUGUGGCAGCGGCGGCGGCGGGGCCACUGCAGCUGCAGCUGCCGUCGGCGCUGACGCUGCUGCCGCCGUCGUUCACCUCGCUGUGCCUGCCGGCGCAGAACUGGUGUGCCAAGUGCAACGCGUCCUUUCGCAUGACCUCGGACCUGGUCUACCACAUGCGCUCGCACCACAAGAAGGAAUACGCGCUGGAGCCUCUGGUCAAGCGGCGACGCGAGGAGAAGCUCAAGUGCCCCAUCUGCAACGAGUCCUUCCGCGAGCGUCACCACCUCUCCCGCCACAUGACCUCGCACAACUAGCGGGGACCCCCUCCCCACCCCAUCGCCCCGGGGAUCCUCGCCCGGCCCCCCGCCGAGGGCAGCGCCCGCCCGCCGCUCGCUUUCCUUUCCGUUCGAUGCACGCGUUUUCACUUUCCGGGGAGGGCGGGGAGGGCAGCGGGGCAAGAGGAGGAGAAGAUGAAUAAGAAAAGAAAAAUAGUUAAA